CGCAUCCAACGUACGUAAUCUACGUAGCAGUGGAGCAGGACGGGAAAAGCACACUGUCACAGAAACACUGUCUAGAAAAGAGGCUUUUCUUUGUCAGUAGCUACUGUCAAACAGCCCGAGUUCAGCCCCGUUGGAGGGACAAACAGCUCCAGCAGCUGCUCGGUGACCUGCGUUGUUUCCCCAUUAGAGUAGCAGAAGAAAGUAGCAAUGCCUGAAAAACAUGUCUCACAAAGAAGAUAAUGAAGGGAAAAGGAGCCCUCACUUCACUGACUUGUAUGCCAGCAUCCCUCAAACAUGUCUGCCCAUUGUGUACCAUCCAGACUACAACAUCACCUUCAUGGGCCUUGAAAAGCUCCAUCCAUUUGAUGCGGGAAAGUGGGGGAAAGUCAUCCACUUCUUGAAAGAGGAGCAGUUCAUCACUGAUGGGAGCAUUGUGGAGGCCCGUGAAGCUACUGAGGAGGAUCUGCUGGUGGUUCACACCAAACGUUACCUCAGCAGAUUAAAGUGGUCUCUCGUGGUGGCAACAAUCACAGAAAUCCCACCUCUCCUGUUUUUACCUAAUUUCCUGGUGCAGCGGAAGGUGUUGAGGCCUUUGCGGACGCAGACAGGAGGAACGAUAAUGGCAGGAAAACUGGCCGUUGACCGAGGAUGGGCCAUAAAUGUAGGAGGAGGCUUCCACCACUGCUCCAGCGACAAGGGAGGGGGCUUCUGUGCUUACGCCGACAUCACUCUGACCAUCAAGUUUCUGUUUGAGAGAGUGGAAGGCAUCUCCAGGGCUACCAUCAUCGAUCUGGAUGCUCAUCAGGGAAAUGGACACGAGCGCGACUUUCUGGAUGACAGGCGGGUGUUCAUCAUGGAUAUGUAUAAUCGCUACAUCUAUCCUGGCGAUGGAUAUGCCAAAAGAGCCAUAAAGAGGAAGGUGGAGCUGGACUGGGGCACCGAAGAUUCCGAGUACCUUCAGAAAGUAGAACUCCACUCUGAGGGAGCUCUGAAUGAGGUCCGACCCGAUAUCAUCGUUUAUAAUGCAGGGACAGACAUCCUGGAUGGGGACCCCCUUGGAGGACUCUCUAUUUCACCACAGGGAAUUAUAAAAAGAGAUGAGAUUGUGUUCAGGGCUGCAAAGCGGCGAGGCAUCCCUAUACUCAUGGUGACAUCCGGAGGAUACCAGAAGAAAACUGCCCGCAUCAUCGCCGACUCCAUCCUCAACUUGCACCGGCAGGGCCUGAUUGGAUCGGAGGCCGUGGAGGGGGAGGGGUCCUCGUCGCUGGUGACCCACAUGACGUGCAGCUCUGGAUCUGCAGGAUCAAAAUUCACCGCCGUCUGAGGAGCAGCAGUCAUGGAGACAACACUCACAGGUGUGACAUUUAAAGGCACUAAAGCAACUUUGCAUUGUGCAAUUAGUGUGUGGCAGCAGCGACGAUACUCGGCUGUUGUUGUCGCACAGAAAGUAUGUUAUUUAAACGUUUAUGACGGGGUGGGAAGUGGUGUUAGGCAAAAAAAUAUUCAUGAGCUUCGGUACAUUUGUUCAUUUUUUAUGUGCAAGUUGACAGUCACUCAAAGGGAAUAAUCAUUCAAAGAGAAAAAUUGUACCGAAAUAAUAGUGUUCUCAUGGCUGCAUCCGAUUUCAAGCUCUCAUAUGCCACAAAAAGAGCUGUUUAAAUUUUAAUCAGUUGGGUAGUAAUGGGUUUUAUUUUUAAUGUAUGUUUGGGGCAGCAUUUGAAAGGUAUUUUUCAUCUCAGGAAAUAUAAUAAUAUAAUCUAUGGAGCAUAUGAUAUAUUAAGGUUUGAUGUACUUGCACAUACAUUGGAGGAAUACUAACUAUCCUCCAUCAGUGUGUGAUGAUGGAAGAGGAAAUGAAGGUAAUUGCAGAUGAAAAGUGUACCUAACAAGCUUAAUCAAAUGUUGAUGUUUAACCUUCUGACCGAAGAUAAUGUCUUUUAUUCCCCACUGACAUUUUGUUUUCAUGUUUAUAGUAUGCAUUGAUGCUAGAAUUAAUAGUGUUCCAUUAAUCAAGAUUUGUUUUAAUGUGAUCGACUUUAAAUUCCCUCUGAUAUCUUACAGUUAAUGUUUACAGGGACCCUGGGAUUUCAUCAGAGGUACUAAAGUGAUUUGUUUUUACAUUUGAACAGAUUAAAAACAGUAAAACAUGCAACUUUAAGCACUUUAACCGUUGCACAGUGAAAGCAAAGUUCACUAACAUUCUCAGAUUCCUGAAUCUGAUGCUGAUGCACUUGUUGCACAUCAUGUCCAAAAACCAAAGUGUAGUUAUUGACGAAGCCAGUGCAGUGAAGCUUGUCACUGCCUGAUCGGUUGGCUGUUGUCAGACAUACAGAGCUCCUCUAAUGGUGUUUACAGAUAUGGAAGGUGUGUCAAAGGAGACAAAAUACACGUAGAUCAACAUAAUUAAAGACACUGACCACUUCAUCCAGCUCAGGAUAAGUUCUGUACAGGUGUGUGUGUGUGUCCGACCAGUUUAGAGUUUACUGCUUGAAAGAAAGCAAAAUGUCUUACUGAAGAAUAAUUUUUGGUUUAUUACAACCUGGGUGUCUUUUGUUUUUGUUUUUUGAUUGUGACAUUCGCUGAGAAAUUGCUGAGAUCUGAGAAUGUGGCGUUAUCACAGGAAAAAAAAAGAUACUUCAGUGCAGGUCUGAUGUUGCAGAUGCUGCCGAGCUAAAUGUGUGAAAAAUAGCAACAGAAAAAAUGUUUAUGAAAAUAGAUAAACUGCUACGAGGUCUGACGAGUUUUUGCUAUUUCACAGCAUUUUCAAACGAUCUUAUUUACCAUAGCAUGCGUCAUUACUUCACUUAAUACUGCUCAAAUCCUUUGCAGGACUAAUAUCCAGUGAGAAGCCUCGUAUGAGCAGCAGCACGUGCAACAAUUCUGACCAGUCAUGAUGAUUUUGCAGUCCAAACUGUUGUGGUAACAUACACGGUUUUGACUGGGCAGAAGACAUUAUUAGUCAGAAUUAUACUCUUGAUAUCUGUAAUUUUAAUUCUGAAUAGUCAAACCACUUGCAAUAUAUGUCUCAGUGUCUCACUCCUCUGGCUUCUUGUCCCAUCAGACUUAUCUGCAGCGUCGUUGCCAUAUUUCUAGAUCUCAGCAGUUCCUGAGGUGAAUACAAAGUUGUCAUAUCUGAUAGAAAUAGUGACCAAAACUGUAAAAUCCAAACAACCCGGUGGCAAUAACCUUAGAGCUCCUCAAUCCCUGCUGUUUAGGGCAACGUUUGGCUAUGUAAAUUCGUAUUUGUCGCUAUCUGGGUGAAGAAGACUUAGCUGACUUUAAAGACACAUUGGUUUCUGUCUCUGCCCUCAUCAACAAAACUCAAUAAAACACAUUACAUGAGUAUUUUGUCUAAGAUAACUUGUGAAUUGACCAGGCAACGACCUGAGUGAGUGAGUGAGUGAGGGACGGUUGCAUACAUGUUCAGAUUUGGAAGUUGCAAAGUAUUGCUGGCUUCUGAGUAGCGAAUGAUACUUUGAAUGCAGCCGAGGGGAUUUUAAUAAUUAAACCACAUCCUCUGCGGACUUUGUCUGCCGUUGCAUUUGACGUGUUUUGCUGUUUUGUGGUUGAGUGGAGCUGAAGUGGCAGCUGGCAGGUGGUUCUAACGUAUUUUCACAUUCAUUAUCUUCCACUGCUCCGGCUUCAUUCUACAGUAAAAAAAAAAAUAAAUAAAUAACAAAAAGUGGAAAAGUUGGGACUGGAAUGUAGACUUGUGAUAAUUUAAAGGAUUAAAAGAGCUAUCUUUGAACAGCAUGAAAAGCAGCGUCGGGGUGCUUAUCCAGGAAGCUGUUUGGACACAUUCUUAAUAAAACUGUGAAAGGAAGGCCAUAUUAGCGGUGUCAGUGCUAAUUAGCUAAAGUCUUCGAUCUGGCGUGCUGCUUUUGAAUGCAUCUGAAAGGUUUAGUGCAGUCUACCUUUAAUUAGGACUCAGAAUAUGUGACUUAUUGUAUGCAGUCUUGUCCUUAAUACAUGAUGCCAUCCUAGCUUCUAGCUCAUAAGCUCCUUUUCAUGUCGGCCAACAUUUUAACUGUUGAUUGAAUGUUGCGUGCCAAAAAUAACACUUCAAAGCUGUACUGUAUAUUUUUUAAGUGUUUUUGUGGCUUGUGCUGACAUUAAAAAUUACUUCUAUGCAUUCAUGAUGACAUUGAAUAAAUCCUAUAACAGCCAAAAA